AUGAAAAACGAAAAAUUGGCCUUCAUCAAGACAUGGAAAAUACAGCCAAAACUCCUUCAACUAGUAAGCCUAGCCCUUUUAGCCCUUGUUGCAGUUUCUAUCCACCUGACCCGGAACAACAGCCCGGAAAAUCUUAUCCAAGAAAACUCGCUUAAAACCAGGGUCGAAAACCCAAGGUGCGACUUGUUUUCGGGCACGUGGGUUUACGACAACUUUUCGAACCCGAUUUACAAGGAGCGAAAGUGCCUGUUUAUGGAGGACGAUUUUGCUUGCGAGACAUUCGGAAGAAAGGACUUAAAGGGGAAAAGGCUCGUCUACGUGGGGGACUCCUUGAAUCGAAACCUUUACAAAUCGAUGCUUUGCAUGGUCGACUCUUUUCUUCCGGCAACAACAAAAAGAACCCUGAAAUUGAACGGCAACUUGUACAAUUUUCGAUCUCCCGAACACAAUGCAUCGAUCGAUUUCUACUGGUCCCCAUUGCUUGUCGAGUCCAAUGCUGACAAUGCAGAGAGCCACUCGGUGUGGCCCCGUGUGGCUCGGAUUAAGUCGAUCGAAAAUCACAGUAGGAAUUGGAACGAUGCAGAUAUAUUGGUGUUCGACUCAUUUGUUUGGUGGGCCGGCCCCCUCUACAUGAAUAUCUUGUGGGGAUCAUUUGGUAGCCCUGAAUCAGUUGAGAAAAGAGUGACUAAGAAGCUUCUCCCUUACGAAAUCGCGCUUCGCACUUGGUCGAAUUGGGUCGAAAUGAACGUCAACCGAACCAAAACUAAGUUGUUUUUCGUGGGGCCCACGGCUUACCACGAGGGGACAACGAUUUGGGGUGCGGACCACCGAUGCUUCGGCCUUAAAGAGCCGGUUUUUGACGAGACAUUUUGGCGAAGCUUCAUGAGUUACGAUAUGAUGCGUAUAUUAGAGUCGACCAUAAAGGACUUGGAGCAAAGAGGGGUCAAAGUAGAAUAUAUCAACAUAACCCAAAUGUCGUCUUAUAGGGGAGACGCUCAUCCAGCGACUAACAGAAUGUUUUGGGGCGUCGACAUUGAACGACGGUUGAAGAAUGAUCCGAUGCAUUUCGCGGAUUGCUUGCAUUGGUGUCUUCCGGGCGUGCCCGAUAAGAAGAAAACCCAUUUUCCCCUUAUUGCGCUCGUGUUCUUCGUUUUCAUAGCCCUCACAGUCCUCUACAACGAGUCCAACAUUCAAGGGAUUCACACAGACGAUGAUAAUGGCGACCGGCGCCCAUCGACGCUCCAAGGCGGUUCUUCGCUCAAAUCCGCGCCAGCCCAGAACCUUAAUCUCUCGAAAAAAUCACCAGUUGGUUUGGAUAAAUUCAGCAAGUGUGCUUCCACGGUGAGCUAUGGUGGCCGGAGAGGUGUUUCAGGCGUUAACAAGGCGGUGUUUGGCGGCCGGACUGAAGUCGAAUCCUGCAACCUUUUUUCGGGGAAAUGGGUUUUUGAUAACAUUUCGUAUCCGUUAUAUAAUGAGUCCGAUUGUCCUUACAUGUCUGAUCAAUUGGCUUGCGGCAAGCAUGGUAGACCCGAUUUGCGGUACCAGUUUUGGAGAUGGCAGCCACAAGGCUGCAAUUUGAAGAGGUGGGAUGCAAGGGAAAUGUGGGAGAAAUUGAGGGGAAAGAGGUUAAUGUUUGUGGGGGAUUCUUUGAACAGAGGGCAGUGGAUUUCAAUGUUGUGUUUGUUGCAGUCUGUGAUUCCAUCCGAUAAGCGCUCGAUCACGCCAAAUUCCGAACUCACAAUUUUUAGAGCAGAGGAUUAUAAUGCGACUGUGGAGUUUCUUUGGGCACCCCUUGUUGUUGAAUCUAACUCUGAUGAUGCGGUUGAGCACCGAUUGAGUGAAAGAAUAAUUCGUCCCAAUUCAAUUCUAAGGCAUUCGUCGAAAUGGGAGCAAGCCGACAUUUUAGUCUUCAAUUCAUACUUAUGGUGGAGACAGGGCCCAGUCAAGUUGUUGUGGAGCAAUGAAAAGAACAUAAUUUGCCAAGAAAUUAGUGGGCUUGGAGGCAUGGAGUUGGCUAUGGAGUCGUGGGCCGAUUGGGUGGCGACCCAUGUUGAUCCCUUGAAGAAGAAGGUUUUCUUUGUUACCAUGUCGCCUACACAUCAAAAUGAAGGCAAUUGUUACGACGAAAAAGAGCCAAUAAACGAUAAAAAUUACUGGGGAAGUGGGUCCGACUUGCCCACGAUGCGUAUGCUCGAAAAAAUAUUGACUCGUUUGGGUUCGAAAGUCUCGGUUCUCAACAUUACUCAGCUGUCUGAGUACAGAAAAGAUGGCCACCCGACGAUUUACCGAAAGUUUUGGGAGGCAGUGGGGCCCGAGAAAUUGGCAAAUCCGUCGAGCUAUUCCGAUUGCACACACUGGUGCUUGCCGGGCGUGCCUGAUGUGUGGAACGAGUUGCUGUUUCAACUUUUGUGA